AAUUUCAAAUAUUAUGUAUUAAUUCAAAGAGUAAAACUCAGCUAAAAGUAAUUAAAUAGAGAUUAGAGAGUGAGAUCUCAAAAGAUUUCACCCUAUUAUAAACCACAUUCUUGUUGAUUCAUAGUAAAGUAGUAGAUUGUAAGAAAAGAAGAUGGAAGAAAGAGAGGAGAACCAACACGAACGACUGGAGCAGCAGUUGAAGGAGCUCGAGAAAGAAUGGACAGCCAUGAAGACAGGUAAAAGCUCAUCUGCGGUUUCAAGGAUCACUGUGGAAGAAGCUCUUGAGAUUGUCGAAAACUCUCCAAGGAACCUAAUGCUCUCACUCCAAAACGAACCAGAGGCAGAGAGCACACAAGUAAGAUCACCCUUAAGGAGAAAACUAUUUCACGACUCUGAUAAUGAUGAUCAAACCAAGAAGGGGGCAUCGUCUUCUCAUUCAUCUUGUUGGUCUUCGAAUGUGACGAGUUCGAGUGAUAAUACGAAAUCGAAGAAGAAGACCAUUGGAAGGAUUGUCUAUGUUACUAUAGUGCUGCUUUUGUUAUGGUUUUUGGUUGUAUUGGUGAACGGCUUUGAUCAUUUCUGCACGAAUACACAUAGCAAUAAUACUUUGGUUCCAACUUGAU